GGAUUAGGCCGGAGGAUGCGAAGGUGGCUAGUAUUCGAGACUGGCCACGACCUCAGACUGUCACUGAGGUCAAAUCUUUCUUAGGAAUGUGCAGCUACUAUAGGAACUUCGUAAAGAACUAUUCUACAGUCGCCUCUCCUUUGACUGAUCUAACUCGACUUAACACGCCGUGGGACUGGAGUGAUGAGUGCGAGGGUGCUUUCAGGAGAUUGAAGCAUGCACUCAUGAAUCAUGAGGUUCUCAUGGUUCCCGAUCCUCAGAAGCCAUUCAUAGUGACCACUGACGCAAGCCAAUACGGCAUUGGCGCAGUGCUGGCUCAACAGGAUGGGAAGAAGUUGAGACCGAUUGAGUACAUGAGCAAGAAGAUGCCAUCGAAAAAGUUGGCAAAGUCCAUCUACGAAAGGGAACUUUAUGCUAUAUGCAAAGCACUUGUCCAUUGGAGACACUUCCUAUUGGGAAGGUUCUUCUAUUUGAGGACUGGUCAUCAGACCCUCAAAUGGAUUAAGACUCAACCGGCUCUUUCUGACGCACUCAAGCGAUGGAUUGAGGUCAUAGACCAAUAUGACUUCAAGCUUGAGUAUCUAAAGGGAGAGUAUAACAAGGUUGCUGAUGCGCUAUCACGUAGAGCAGAUUACCUAGGACAGAGUGUUUCCAUGGAUUUCAUGGACACCCUAGUGACUAGUAAGAGUAGCAAGAGGCACAUCUUCGUCAUCAUCGAUCGAUUCACCAAGUACGCUAGACUAGUGGCUAUGCCAGAGACCGCAAGAACUGACUAUGUCAUCAAGUUGUUCAAAGACAACUGGGUGCGUGACUUUGGUUUACCAAAGUCAAUCGUUAAUGACCGAGAUGUCCGAUUCACAAGUGAGUUGUGGAAGAAGACUGCAGAACAGAUGGGCAGUCAACUUCAGAUGACUUUAGGGAAUCAUCCCGAAGCCAACGGACAAGCCGAACAAAUGAACAGAGUUGUACAGCACUUGCUGAGGCAUUACAUCAAGCCCAACCAGGAUGACUGGGAUGAGCAGUUGCCUCUCAUCGCCAACCUGUACAACAAUGCUGUCCACAGCAGUACCGGCGUUAGUCCUAAUCAACUUCACUUGGGAUGGAAGCCUAGAUCAGCAUUAGACUUCCUCCUACCUGAAAACCGACCCGCUGCAACUCCUGACAAACUUGAGUAUGGUGUGCAAUAUGAGAAGUUGUUGCAAGAAGCCGUCGAGCACAUGAAAAAAGCUCAACAAGCAAUGAUUGCUUCUGAGAAUCGACACCGUAGACAGUCCACAUUUCAGGUAGGGGAACGUGUCUGGGUCAAGGCUAGCCAUGUCAGCAGCGACACGUCAGCAGGCCACAUCAACAGUGACACGUCAGCAGGCCACAUCAGCAACAUGUCAGCAGACAUCCGUGCUAUGUCAGCAGACACGUCAUCAGCCCAACCAGGCCACGUCAGCAGGCCUGUCCCACGUCAGUACCAGCCACACAUGCCUCCCAUCCUUUGGUCAGUGACCAACACGAUGGAACGAAAGGACAAUGAAUCCGGGGCAGACAACGAGGCCCGGCUGGCUGGCGUGAUGCUCGAGCUUAAGCAACGAGCAGAUGCGGCACUUGACGCUCGAGAGAAGAGAGAAAGAGAAAUCGAGGAGAAACAUCGUCUUGCCAUCUUACAGCAGCAAGCGAACGGGGACACAGCACACCAGGCUGCAGAUGAAGCACGACAAACACGCCAGGACGUGUUAUUCGAGGAGGAGGCCGAAGUCUUGACCUUGGCUUCUGAAAUGGACAUGUCGACCGAGGAGGAAGGUGCCUCCGAGACCGUGCGGAAGUUCUGCAAGGUCAUCAAGCGAAUCGUGGACCUGGUGGCCACCUGCAUGGCCCAGCAAGCACUGGACAACAACGUGCAGACAUUGACCGCCCAUGUCCACACCUUGGAACAGCGGCCCAUUUCAGCAAUAGUCGUUGGCCUCUCCAAUAUUCCGGAUCGCGUCAACGCUUUGGAGAUUGACAUCGGCACUCUCAAAGAUGGUGCUAAGCAGCAGCAGGCAACAAAUCAGCAACUCUAGUCAACCAAUCAGCACUUGGAGCAGCAGAUCCGUGCAGCAGCCGCGAGUCCAGCCUUGUCAUCCUCUGAAUGCAUACCCAAGUU